CCACAUUCUCUCACGACUAUAUUUUAUUUUUCUCCCAAGAUCGAUCUUUAUGGUUUAGGAACCCCAUAUGCUGUUGGCCGACCUCUUUCCUUCUGAACGACAACUUUGAAUACCAUAGAAGUGACUCUGGACGCUACCUGCUUCAGCCAACCACAGCGCAGUGCUCUCCUAUUCAACAACUAUUGUACCUGUACCCACACUUGUUUGCCCCCUAUUUUUCCAUCCUAAUCACCCCUAGCUUGCCGAGCAAACGCGGUUGAUAGAAAUCUCUGCCACCACAAGACGUCUAAAAACAAGCAUCGGACGUCAUUUUGUAGGCUCGCCUGACCAACCAGAUCCUU